AUGAAGAUCACCACCCACCUCACCCUCCUGGCCAUGGCCGCCUUCGGCUCCGCCAUCGCCGAGAAGCCGACGCCCGUAGAACGCGACGCUCCGGCCCUCGUCGUGCGCGAGCUCGCCAUCGUGACGGGCGUCAUCAAUCAGGUGGCCACGGACAUCGGCUCGCUGGACCAGGCCGUGCAGGCCUUCACAACGGACCCGACGCAGGUGCAGCAGGCGUCGCAGCAGCUCAUGGAACACGAGACCGUGCAGCUCCAGCAGCUCGUCGGCAGCCUGCAGACCAACGGCCAGAGCCUCGUGCAGAACCUCCAGGACAAGCAGCCCGCCUUCCAGCAGGCCAACCUCUGCGACGUCGUCCGCGCCCAGGUCGGCGAGGUCACCACCGGCGCCAGCGGCCUCAUCGACGCCAUUGUCAGCAAGGUGCCCCAGGCCGCGCAGCAGAUUGCCGCCCAGAUGGCUGCUGGCUUCACGCGCUCCCUGCAGGACAGCGCUCAGGGCUUUUCGUCGCAGAGCUGCGUCAACGCCAACAACAACGGCGCCAGUGGCGGCACGCCCGUGACCAACACGACGCAGCCCGGCCAGGUCUCCAACCCCAGCGGCCAGCCGACCCAGCGUGGCGGCGCUUCGGCGCAGACCUUCAGCCUGGCGGCGGCGAUCGUGGCUUUCGGUGCGGCGGCGGUCAUGGCAUAG